GGCUCGUUUAAAUUGUGAGCUACUGAAACCUUCUCUGGCUGGCAAAUGCAGUGCCUAGCAGCGGUCAUCAAGGACGAACCAAACAUGAGCGGAGGAGGGGAGCAGGUUGACAUUCUUCCGGCCAAUUAUGUGGUCAAAGAUCGCUGGAAAGUGCUGAAGAAGAUUGGUGGUGGUGGCUUUGGGGAGAUCUAUGAGGCAAUGGAUCUGCUGACUCGUGAGAACGUGGCCUUGAAGGUGGAAUCAGCCCAGCAACCCAAGCAAGUUCUCAAGAUGGAAGUGGCUGUCCUGAAAAAGCUGCAAGGGAAGGAUCAUGUUUGCAGAUUUAUUGGCUGUGGAAGGAAUGAAAAAUUCAAUUAUGUGGUCAUGCAGCUUCAGGGCCGAAAUCUUGCAGAUCUCCGAAGGAGUCAGCCCCGAGGGACUUUCACGCUGAGCACGACGCUGCGAUUGGGCAAACAGAUUCUGGAAUCAAUAGAAGCCAUUCACUCUGUGGGAUUCCUGCAUCGUGACAUCAAGCCUUCCAAUUUUGCCAUGGGCCGCUUACCUUCAACAUACAGGAAGUGCUACAUGUUAGACUUUGGUCUGGCCCGUCAGUAUACCAACACUACUGGUGAAGUCCGACCACCUCGCAACGUUGCUGGGUUUCGAGGAACCGUCCGCUACGCCUCGGUGAACGCACACAAAAACCGAGAGAUGGGUCGACAUGAUGAUCUGUGGUCCCUCUUUUACAUGUUGGUGGAGUUUGCCGUCGGUCAGCUCCCAUGGCGGAAGAUCAAAGAUAAGGAGCAGGUUGGCAUGAUAAAGGAGAAGUAUGAACACCGAAUGCUGCUAAAACACAUGCCUUCAGAGUUCCACCUUUUUCUGGAUCAUAUUGCAAGCCUUGACUACUUCACCAAGCCAGACUAUCAGUUAAUCAUGUCCGUUUUCGAGAACAGCAUGAAAGAAAGAGGCAUCACUGAAAAUGAAGCCUUUGACUGGGAGAAGGCUGGGACAGACAUUUUGUUAUCCACUAGCACCUCUACUCCACCACAGCAAAACACCAGGCAAACAGCAGCCAUGUUUGGGGUGGUUAAUGUCACUCCGGUACCUGGGGACUUGCUUCGUGAGAACACUGAGGACGUCCUACAGGGUGAACAUCUGAGUGACCAAGAGAAUGCUCCUCCCAUCCUGUCAGGACGGCCAGCAGAAGGUCUUGGUCAGGCUCCAAACACCGUUUUCAAUGAGGCUGAAGUUUGGGAGGAGACAGAUGUGAAUCGCAACAAACUCAGGAUCAGCAUCAGCAAAACUCAGUGCAUGGUGGAAGAGGAGCAGAGAAAUGGUGUCUGCCCCAGUUCCCCUGUCCGUGUGCCUCCGGAGUCCCCCACUGCACAAGUGCGCUCCCUAAGAUACCGCCGUGUGAACAGCCCCGAGUCAGAACGCCUCUCUACUGCUGAUGGCAAAGGAGAUCUGCAUGAACGAAGAUCUCGAAUGGAUUUGCCUGGCUCUCCAUCACGGCUUGUGUGCUCUUCCCAGCCAGCCCAGAUGCUGUCCAUCGACACUGGCCAGGCUGACCGGCAGGCAAGCGGGAGGAUGGAUGUGUCCGCGUCGGUGGAACACGAAGCCCUCAGCAACGCCUUCCGCUCGGUGCCGCUCGCAGAGGAGGAGGACUUUGAUAGCAAGGAGUGGGUUAUCAUUGAUAAGGAGACAGAGCUGAAGGACUUCCACCCAGGUGCUGAGCCGAGCACCUCUGGAACCACGGAUGAGGAGCCCGAGGAACUAAGACCUAUCGAAGAUGGCGAGGAGAGAAGGCGCUUGGGGGCAGAUGCUGCAGUCAGACCGAAGACACACGAUGGGCGAAGUCGGGGUAUGCAGCCUGUGACUGAGGAGGACAGUUCCCACAGACAUGAAGGACCUUCUCAAACAGUAUCUGACAGUAAACACGAACAGCAGACAGGAAGUCCAGCCCACUCCCCCCUCCAUUCAGCACCAGCUAUCCGACAAAGGAGACGAGAAUCUGAACCUACUGGUCCUCAGAGACAGGCCUAUCUGCUGAAGUCAUUCGAAAUGAAUGGUCUGCCCAAGGCGGUGCCUUUAAGUUUGCCUUACCAAGACUUCAGAAAGGAUGUAUCGGACUACUGGGAAAAGCCUAAGGUAUCCCAGCGGAUAAAGAAAGUGGAUUUCUUAAACGUCGUCUUGACUGCUCCUUGCAAACCUCUGGAACCUUACCUGGAAAUCAAUGGGAAAGAGGAGGAGGAGGAAGACGAGGAAGAAGAUGACGAGGAGGAAGAUGAAGAGGAGGAGGAGGAGGAGGAAGGGAAUGAGAUUGACAUGCAAAGUGGUUCCAGCAGUGAACUGAGUCAGAAGACCACAGAGCACAGCCAGGAGUGUGCACCAUCCACGCUCCUGGCGGAUGACCAGAAGGGUUCCAAGGGUCGAGCAUCCACCGCCGAUGGGGACCUGGAGCUAGAGGAAGGCUCAAAAACCUUAGUCCUGUUCUCACCAGGAGAUCUGAAGAAGUCUCCGAUGGCCACAGAGCUGCCUCCAGAAGUCGAUCUGGGGACCCUCGCCGUGGUGACGCCGCAGAGCGAGCGGCCGCAGCCUAUGGGGAGCCAACUGGACGUAUCUGAGCCGGGGACCCUGUCCUCCGUCCUUAAAUCUGAACCAAAGCCCCCGGUGGCAGUGGCUGCAGCUUCCUCCCCCUUUACCAAAGUGGAGCGCACGUUUGUUCACAUCGCUGAGAAGACCCACUUGAAUGUCAUGUCCUCUGGGGGCCAGCUGAUGAGGCACGAGGAGUACUGCUCUCUGGGCCAGUUUGAGGAGGUCAUCAUUGAAGAGGAGCUGGAGGACAACCUGGCCCUGCUGGAGAACGGAAGCAUCCAUUCGGGGCUGGAAGGGGCAGAGACAGAGAGCUGUGCACUUUCGGCUAACCACAUCGAGACCGCCUCAGAGACGGUGGGGGAGCAGCUGCCCCUUCCCAACAGCAUCAUGAAGCCUCUGGAGGGCAAGCCAGAGCUCUCUGAAAAGGUGGCGCUCUCCCUGGACGUGGAAGAGCCUGACAAGGGGGUGACAAGGGAACCUGACCUUGAGAAGUCAGCGCUGGUGGUAGACCACCUGAAGCGAGCAGAGAGCCUCCUUGAGACGCCACAGCAGGGCCCCAGGAGACCGCUGGGCUCCAGGUAUAGAAGCCGGAUCCCCAUUCUGUUCUCUGAGGAGGACACUGGCUCAGACCUGUCAACCUCGCUCUCAGCCAAAGAGAGGCUUUAUAAGAGGGCAAAGCAGCCUGACUUGGCUCGCCUGGUGAUGGAGAAGAGGCAGAACCGCCUCCUUCGGCUGGCCUCGGGACCUUCCUCCUCGGCAUCCUCCAGCGACGAGAGGCGGCGAGCCUCAGAAACCCUGUCGGCCACCGGUUCCGAGGAGGACACCCAUGACUCUGAUGACUCCAUCCCAAGGAAGGCAGGGAAGGACAAGGCUCUCCUCCUGGGGAAAGAAGAGAGACCCUUAAGCACAAAGAGCAGGAUUCCUCGGCCCAUCACGCCGGUGAAACCCCUGCUAGAGGUGGUGAAGCCUGAGAGCUCCAUGGCUGUGCUGUGUAACUCCCCACAGGAUGCAGCUGUUGCCUACAGACUUCAGGCACAGAGACCAGCUGGCAGCAUCCCGAUCGAGUGCCGGACAACGCAGGUUCAAAGCCGGCUUCCUCCUUCACCAAGCUCCACUUCUCUUCCUCCACGGAGCGGCUCUCGGAGAUCCAGCAGUGCUUCCCCUCGGAGUCCUGUCCUCCCUUCAAGAAACCCCAGUGCUUCCCUUAGAAGCCAGCUGCCACCUCGGAGGGGAAGUCCUUCUCCCUGCCGACAGCAUAAGCCAGGGACUGCUCUUCAGCGAGUUCCUCCUUCCCCCCGACCUCAGGUCCCAGCUCAGGCCCUGGGGCCAGCAGGAGAUUCCCUGCAGUCUCCUGGUGUGGCCAAAAAACGACAAAAAGGCAAACCCCAGACUCAGAGUCCAGCAACCAAAGGAAAGCAGGUGUCCCUGGAAAACAAGGCAGCUGCCAGAUAA